GAGGACACAAAGUCAUAAAACCUUGGGAGGGAGGACCACCAACGCGAAAGUGGGAGCGAUCUGAACACACCAUCACACCCACCACCCACUUCUCGUCCUCAGCUCACUCAAAACUUGGUCAGACCUGUGGACGAACCAGUUCUUUUCGGUUCUUUUCAUCGAAUCAAUGUAGUAAACAUUGCACUGUAAACAAAAAAUCGUCAUCUGACUGACUUCAUAAACCAACGAUGUUAAUUGACAAAAGUUUGACCAAUUGGUGAAUGAAUUUAGACACUGAUUGAUUACUUCUAAUUUAUAUAUCAAAUAUAUGAACUAAUCGUGAUUCAGGCAAGGUGUACUUGUUUCCUGCAUUUGAAACUAUGGAUUCAUCUCAACCCACUGAAGUAGCAGAUCCGCACAGUCUUGACGACCUUGAUCUGGGUGACGACCAGGACCCGACAGGAGAAGAAGUGCCCCAGAUUAAGCAAGAGGUUGAGGAGGAUUCCCCUCGAGCAGAUGGAGAUGAGGAGGCAGCAGAAGAGGACGACGAUAAUUUGCAUGGCGUUCAUGCUCCUGGAAUGUUAUUCAAACCUGUAAUUGAGAACAUUCUCUCGUCGUCCUCCGAGGAGGAGGAAGACGAAGACGAUGACGACGAAUCUGAAGAAUCAGUCUCCGAAUUUGAAGAGGAAGACAACCCGUCGUCAUCCUCCUUUCAUCAUCACCACAAUGGCGGUUCUACCUUAUCAACAAGCCUUUAUGGAUCAACGACAUUACACCCCUUCGCAUCACCCACUGCAGUUCACAUACCAAUGACCAUGACCAGGUUGUGUCCCUCUUCUCAUCCAGUCCCCAAAUUUAUAGACUCCUCUGGUGAAAGGAAGAAGCGAGAGGCGUUCACCCUCCAACAAAAGUUAGAAGUUCUAAAGUUCCUCGAGACGCACAGUGUAAAUGCUACGUCAAGAUUUUAUAAAGUUGAUCCAAAGUCAAUCCGUCUCUGGAGGUCACAAAAAAACAAAAUUGAAAUUACGGUCCAGGAAGAGUUGAUGGCACUACAACAACAAGGUGAAACGGAUGGAAUCACUCCGAGGAAGAGGAUUUCUGGAGCUGGGAGAAAAAAACGAAAUAAUAAAGUGAUUGUUGAGAUUGAAGAAAACCCAAACAAGCGACAUCGUCGGACCAUCAAGCUCUCCGACAAAGUAGAGAUUAUCAGACUGAUUGAAAACGGACAGACUCAGAGUGAUGUGGCCCGUUCCCUCGGAAUUUCGCAAUCCACGGUCCAAACUAUCUGGAGCAAUAAGGGCGACAUUUUGGAUAGGAAUCUGUGCCCCAAGAAAAAACGGAAAAAUCUCCACUGGAAAAAGUACUCUAUCAUCGACACUGCACUCUUCAAUUGGGUCCGCCAAUGCCGAGAGUCGGCAGUCACAUUGGACACUAAAAUGCUUCAGGAUAAGGCCGUGGAGUAUGCAGAGUACUACAAGCAACCGGAAUUCAAAGCGCAAACCACUCGGUGGAUCGAUGUGUUCAAGAGGCGACACUCUCUGAUGAGUGAGUUAGAUCGUCAGGAUCGACUUCAACUCGCAGCAGCGGCAUCCCUGAGUUUAGAACAACAUACAUUGGGUCAACUCACAGCCAUAAAUAACCACACCCACCUCACCCACCACCAUCAUCACCAGCAGCUCAGCCAUCUCAACAGCCCGUCGGUCAAUAAUAACAAUCAUCACGAUCUCGUUCCUGACUUUGAUCUUCCCUCACUCAUGGCAGGGUUGUAUCCUCCUGAUUCCACACCUCCCAACUCGUCAUCCUCGAAUCCCCUUCAACAACAGCAUGUUCCUUCUCAGCCAAUUCUUAGCUUUAACUCUCAUCUCCCCGCAAUGCCUGUCGUCGGAGGGCCGGUUACCACGUGUGAUGCGAUGAAAUACGUGGAACUCAUCAGGGCCUGGAUCUCAUCUACUUUCGGCGACAAUGAAGAAAUUCUUAACAACCAUCUGAAUGCAAUUGAGAAUGCAGUGCUUAAAAGAAGAAUGACAGAGAUGAUGGCUCCCACCAAUAAUCAACCCCCGCAUCGGUGAUAGAUUAUGUUAUAUAAUUUAUAUAAGAUGGGAACCCAAUUAAGAUUAAGUAGUCAGAUAAAAAUAAAAAUAAUAGAACAUAUUUCUUCUGUAGUGUUUUUGUGUCAGACUCCCAAAACUCCUUCUCACUAUUUAUAACUAAAAAAAUAGUAUCAAUCAAUCUUCAGUCAUUAAGUAAGUCAUGAUAAUAAUAAUACACUGUAAUGUUCUCUCCGCUUCCAAUCAGGGCAUGUUACGUAAUUUAUAACGGCCACAUGACCAGUCUGUACUUUAAUUGCAAAGACUUUUAAUUAUGUAUCCAAUUGCAGUUGGUCUGCUUUGCUAUAUAGUAUCAAUUUGGAACAUUUAUAUUCUAAUUUGUUGUUGUUAAAUAUUACGAUAUUUAAGAAAAUAAAUGUGGACUUUUCCAUUGAGCCAAUAAAAUGUAAGUUAUGCAUAAUG